CGACACCUGCCAGCUCGUGGAGACAUACAUCAAGGCUUGAAAACACACGUCCCAAGACUUUCAGAGACAGGCCACACGUAAAAGAACAUCCUUACCUAUCUCCAUCUCACAAAGCAGACUUCAACUAUGGAGUGCACUACUGUGGGAGAACCCGAUCCCGACAUUGCCGGCCUUGGGGUGUUCGUCGGCAUGGCUGUCCAGGCCGGACUAUCGGUGCUUCUGUCGACAUGGCUAUUUAUUCGGGACAGGACGAUAUCCCGGUAUCCCAUCUUGCCGGCGUCGCGCCCGUCUGAGAUUGAGGCUCUACGACAACUUAUCGAUGGCAUCAGUGAUUCUCAGAUCCUCGCUGGCGUCUCAUUAUUGAUCGCGGCCUUUGUGACCCGCGACACCCUCAGCCUGUAUCACUAUCGCGUCAUUUACGACAUUAGCAGUUUCACCGCGGUCUCGGUUUGUGCCUCCAUCAUCCACACAAAAGGCGUUGGGUUCGACGAAGACGCCGGGCGAUGGACUUUGCCAUCAGCCGGAACCACUAUGCGCCUCAUCAUGGCAACCGUGUACGGCAUCUUGCAUCUGGGCUUCUCCAUCCUGUUUGGGACCAUGCUGAAAAGCUGGGAGUGGGACGUUGAUGGCCGCUGCUACAACACAAACCUAGUGUCCCACCCUUCGGCUUCCCACCCCUACGUGGAUUUGAUUUAUCUCGGUGUGACGUGCUCAUAUAUGCAGCUCAUGCUCAUGGCCACCGUCAUUGCCGGGUGCAUGGAUUUUGACUGGGGCUUCAAAGACGAGCCCGACGCGGAGCCGUGGGAAGUGAUGAUGUUCGGUCAGUUUCUACUACUGGCCUUCGUUCAGUACCCCAUCCACCUCUGGUCGACCGUGUCCCUGCGCCUUGCCAACGAGAGCUAUUUCGAUGACACGUCGGAAAAUGAGUGGAGUUUUGGGCAGAUCAUACCGCUCAUCUUUGUCCUCGACACCUUGAUGAAAUGCACAUCUGCUUGCUACGACGUGUUUUACCCUCGCAAGCCACCACGAAGCUCUAGGUACACCGAGUCAGUUGAGGACGCCCGGUCGAUACAAGACCAGUCGAUGCAAGAUCCACAAAUGGAAGAACCACGUCGGAUAGCCACCAUGUAAUUACGUCGCGUACGUGCGUGCCCUCGUGGAACAGUACUAAAGACGGUGAAUGGAGACUCUGGUUCGAGAACCGUGCAUAUUAAACGGCCCCCGGGAACGGGAGAGGGCAUUGGCACGUUGAAUCCUGGAUGUUGUAUGAAUCGGGAUUAUCCAUGACGCUGCCAAUUG